AAAUCUAUCCCCCCCCCCCUCCUGGUCCAAUGAAAAUUUCAAAAACAAAUGCUAUUCGUCAUUUACUAUUUUUAGACGAAGACCUGGAUCACCAAUUUUGCAGAAAAUGAAUCUCGAAGGUUCGUUGCAGCUUCAACAACAGGGAGACGCAGAUCAUUAUUCUUGCGGUAACUGACGUUUCUGCUUGAGCAAGGCUCAAUUGAUUGGAGAUUUCAAAGACUCGCUUGUUUUUUUGGUUUCGUUGAAGCUGAUUUGGAAAUGAUUGGGCAUGGAGGAGGAGAGAGAACUGCUUUUGAGAUAGGCGUGGUGGUUCCAAGGCGGGGUUUGAAGAAAGGAGAGGAGGGCAAUGAUUGGGUUGAGGUUCUUGUUGAUGAGUUCAGGAAGGCGGGGUUAAUAGUUGACAGGGUUAUUGGCUGUCAGGAAGAAUUUCUUAAGUUGGCAGCACCUCUGGAAACUCUUGGGAGAGCCGCAGCUGAGUUGCAAUUAAAGAAAAGAACUCAUAUUGGAAUGGAUCUACUCUUUGAGUGGAACCAGGCUGAAGCUUUUGUAAGACAACCUGAUGGUUCAUUAUUCAGUUGGUGUGAGCGUUUUCAAUGCUACCUUCACAUCAUAUAUGGAGUUGUAAACAAGCACGAGUCAGGGUCAACAUUAAGAUAUGAUUGCAAAGAGUUCCAUGGGAAGUUGGGAGAAUCUCUUCUUCAGAAGUUGGUGUCAAAGGGAAUUGUCAAAGAAGUUUUUCCUUUGCACGAUGAACUAAAGAGAAAGCAGCUUCUAAGGAAUUGGGCACUGAACUUCUGGGACUUCACAAGACAGCCUCUUGAUCAGAUAUAUUCAUAUUUUGGGUCAAAGAUUGCAACAUAUUUUGCUUUUCUUGGACUGUAUACACGGUGGAGUUUAUUUCCAGCUGUAUUUGGGCUUACACUGCAGUUGUUUGAUUUUGGAUCCUUGCAGUUAUUAGUGCUCCCUGUUUUCUUCAUAAGUAUAAUACUAUGGGCUGUGUUGUUUCUACAGUUCUGGAAACGUAAAAACUGCUCUCUUCUGGUCAGAUGGCAGACUAGUACGGUUGGAGACCCUGGAUAUAAAUAUUUGGAAACAGACUGGAGUUGCUUCCAGUCUUCUGUUGAACUUAUAAAGAAAUGGGGCUGUGAUAAAACAAAUGUGAAGGAGAGAUUUCGAAGGGAAGAAUGGUUUGGACGUCUGAUGAGAUUCAGAAAUGAUGCCAUCAUUAUCUUGAGUAUCAUAUGUCUUCAGCUGCCAUUUGAGUUGGCUUAUGCUCAUCUCUAUGAAGUUAUCAGAUCUGAUCUUAUGAAGUUUGGUCUGACUGCACUCUAUCUUAUUGCAAUUCAAUAUUUUAACAAAAUUGGGGGCAAGAUAUCUGUCAAUCUCAUUAAAUGUGAAAAGAAUGAAAGCACAGAAUACAGAGCUGACAGUUUGAUUUACAAGGUUUUUGGUCUCUUUUUUAUGCAAUCAUAUAUUGGGAUAUUCUAUCAUGCACUUCUUCAUCGUAAUUUAUCGACGCUUCGCCAAGUUUUAAUUCAGCGGCUGAUAGUGUCCCAGCUGCUGGCAAAUCUGAUGGAACAUUCUUUACCCUAUCUGAAAUACAGCUACAAAAAAUAUAGAGCUGUUCGAAAGAAAAGAAAACGAGAGAAAGGAUCGCAUACAGGGAAGGCGCAGUUCAUUAAUAGGGUAGAGAAAGAGUAUCUUAAGCCUGCAUAUUCUGCAAGCGUUGGUGAGGAACUUGAAGAUGGGCUGUUUGAUGACUUUCUGGUGUUGGCAUUGCAGUUUGGCAUGAUUAUGAUGUUUGCUUGUGCAUUUCCUCCAGCAUUUGCCUUUGCUGCACUGAACAACAUAACAGAAAUCAGAAUAGAUUCACUAAAGCUGCUUGCUAUGUUGAAAAGGCCCAUUCCUCGUGCUGCUGCAACAAUUGGAGCUUGGCUAAAUAUAUUUCAGUUUCUGAUAGUGGUGUCUAUAUGCACCAACUGUGCGAUUCUCGUCUGCUUUUACGAUCGGGAAGGGAAAUGGAAAAUUGAACCUGGGCUUGCUGCUAUCCUUAUCAUGGAACACAUCCUCUUGUUAAUUAAAUCCGUCUUCUCCCGCAUUGUUCCUGAGGAGCCUGAUUGGGUGAAAGCUGACAGAAUGAUGAAUGCAACGCAAGCCCGGGAUGUGUGCUCGAAGCAGCUUUUGAGGAACAUUUCUGGCAAUGAAAAGGUAUUUUCUCGAGCCGAAAUGACAGGUGGAGCGAUGGGGCAAUUUGACGAAAAAAAAUCUUCUUGAAUUUCUUUAAGAUUAUUCAAGGAACAUAUGUGAAGCCUAGUUGUGUCAGCAUAGAGUAUUGCCUCAACUGGGGUUCUUUUAUUUGUAUAAAUACAGCAUUUUUUAUGAAAAGAAUUCUUCUUCAUUUCUUCC